AUGACAAGCGUAGACUUUCUCGGGAAAGCUAUUGAAAUAGUAAAAAAAGCUACCGAAGAAGAUAAUAAUCGUAACUAUGAACAAGCCUAUAAGUAUUAUUCGAAUGCGUUGGACUAUUUCAUGACUGCUAUAAAAUAUGAAAAAAAUGAAGGUAGUAAAGAAACCAUUCGUAAAAAAUUUACCGAAUAUCUUGAUCGUGCAGAGAAAUUAAAAAAAUAUCUAAAUGAGGAAGAAGAAAAACGACAGAGAAAAGCUAUUGGAGCGAAUGAUGAAGAUGAAACUGAUCCUGACAUUAAAAAAUUGCGUAGCGCAUUAUCAACCGCUAUACUUAGAGAAAAACCAAAUGUGCGUUGGGACGACGUUGCUGGUUUAGAAGUCGCUAAAGAAGCAUUGAAGGAAGCCGUGAUUUUACCUAUCAAUCUCGUUAAAAAUCUUUUUGGAAUGGCUCGUGAUUGCGUUCCUUCAAUCAUUUUUAUCGAUGAGGUUGAUUCCCUUUGUGGUCAACGUGGAGAGGGUGAAAGUGAAGCAAGUCGUAGAAUCAAAACUGAAUUUUUGGUUCAAAUGAAUGGUGUAAGCGCUGAAUCCACUGGAGUUUUAGUACUGGGAGCUACGAAUAUUCCAUGGCAAUUGGAUUCUGCCAUUAGACGAAGAUUUGAGAAGAGAAUAUAUAUACCUCUACCGGAUCUCGCUGCAAGAGCUAAAAUGUUUCAACUGAAUAUAGGAAAUACGCCUUGUAAAUUAGAGACAAAUGAUUUUAAAAACUUGGGUGAAAAGACGGAAGGAUAUUCUGGGUCGGAUAUUGCAGUAGUGGUACGAGAUGCCUUAAUGGAACCUGUUCGUAAAGUUCAAACUGCAACACAUUUUAAACAGAUUGAUGCACCUUGUCGUGACAACCCUGAAAUUACCAAACAAUAUCUCACUCCAUGCUCACCUGGUGAUCUAGGUGCUAAAGAAAUGACUUGGAUGCAAGUUGAUUCGGAUAGUUUACUAGAACCUGAAUUAACAUUAAAAGAUUUCAUUAAGGCGAUACAAAUAGCUAGACCUACAGUAAACGCUGAUGAUAUUAAAGCACAUACAAAGUUUACAACGGAUUUUGGACAAGAAAGUUAA